GAAAAAUUCUCCAUUUAUAAGGCAACGAUGGGAAGAAGUCAAGUUAGAAACUUGGUCAGGCGAGUAACAUACCAGACGCGAACUUAAAAUCCAAAGUCUAGUUAUCACAAUGGCGUGUGAUAUGCUUGGAGGUCUUUUGCUUAUUGUUGCUGUACUGCAAAGCGCCGUCGGACUACAACCCAAAGAAGUUUGCCUGUUGCAGCUGGAAGAAGGAACAUGUAAUGACGACAUCCAGCGCUAUUACUACAAUACAAUCACCCAAAGCUGUGAAAAAUUCAGUUAUAGCGGUUGUGGAGGAAACGCAAACAACUUUAAGUCUAUUAUGGAAUGUAAGAAGUCAUGCUUCAGGAUACCAAAAAUCCCCCAGAUCUGUCGUUUUCAAAAGGAAGAGGGGCCCUGCCGGGGCCUCUUCAAGCGUUAUUUCUUCAAUAUGACCUCCAUGCAGUGUGAGCCUUUCACUUAUGGUGGUUGCAAAGGGAAUGCCAACAGUUUUCAAAACCUUCAGGAAUGUAUGGAAUACUGCAGACCUCCUAAAACAAUCCCUGUGAUUUGUACUGAAAACUUGGACAAAGGAAAGUGCUUAGCUUCCAUACCAAGGUAUUACUACAACUUUGCCACAAAGACAUGCGAGGAGUUCAUAUACACUGGAUGCGGAGGAAGCAACAAUAACUUCAUCUCCAAACAAAGCUGCAUGGAUGUUUGUGGUAAAAAUGGGAGCAAAAGUUGGACUCCCUCUAAAAAGUCUGUAAGAGUUCCCAAAGGAUUCCUAGGACGACAAAAGGCCCAGCCACCAAGAGAGAAGUCGGCCAAAUAAUGGUUUAUGAAUAUGGUCGUUGGCACUGUAUUACUGACAAAUAUGAUUGCACUGAUUUUUUGAAGUUUAAGGCAGCAGUUCAUACACAUCUCACUCUCUGUGUAUAUGAUAUUGAUAUUGUUUUUUAAAAAGAUUUGUUUUAUAUUUUAGUUUAAUAUUUUCAUGUAUUUUCAUGCAUUUGUAAAAUCUUUUUUAAUAAAAUAUAAAUGUACUAUUUUUAAUUAUUUGUAUUAUUACAUACAGUAUUAUGUAAAGUCUAACACUGUGUAAGCGACAAAAUAAUGUUUAACUGACAGUAAUAAACAACAGUAUUUAAUAUGCUGAUGUUUUAUACUCCAGAUAUUAAAUGUAGUAUUUUUCUCUCUUCAGCCAGAACAUGUUUAGAACAUGAUAGUGAUUUCAAAAAGCUUAAUCUAAAAAAAUACAUGAAUAUACAUUUUCAGUCAAAUCAUAUUGGGUUUCAUGACUUUAAUGACACUUGAUAUCAAAGCUAAAAAAUGACAAAUAAAGCUGGAAUACAAUCA